AUGUUCGAUCGAGUUUUGUCAGAGGUGAAUCGAAAACGAGUGGCUUCGGAAGCCGUGUCGACACAGCAAUUCAAUGAGAAAUUGGGAAUGUUUUCGGCGAUUGGACAGGAAUCCGCGAAUCGUGAGUUUUUUGGGGAUUUUUUGACACCAAACAUGCCUAGGGAAAAAUAAUUUUUGAUUUGCCAUGUCAUAGAAAUUAUUGUGAAUUUUUUGACACCAAAAAUCAAAACUCAGUCAAUUUUAAAAUUUAAUUUUUGAAUUGCCGCGUCAUGAUUUUAUGGCCCUAGUUUUCAAAAUUUGAAAAUUUUUGAAAAAUUACAAAUUCUGUCCAAACACAUGAUGCAUUUUUCAAUUUUUGACGAAAUUUUUGAAUUUCGAAUUUUUCCCGCCAAAGUAUUCCACGUGAACUUUUUAACGAUUUUUUUUCUGUCGAAAAAAUAUGGAAAUUAAUUUCAAAUUGCCACGUCAAAAAGUUCACGUUAAAAUUUGAAAUCCCGAAAUUUUUUGAUAAAAAAUUUCAGAACAGCUUUAGAAAUGGCUCGAAAAAUUAAAAAAAAAACAUGAAAAUUAAUUUCGAAUAGCCACGUCAUAAAAAUUCACGUUAAAAAUCGAAAUCCCGAAUUUUUCUCAAAUAAAAACAUCAACAAUCUCUGGGAAAAUUUCAAAAAAAAUUGUUUUGAGCUCAUGAAAGUUUCCGGGCUCAUUAUUUUUCCUAAACCGAAAAAUCCCCCAAAUUUUAAUUCCAGAAAAGAAGCUGAAAAUGACACCAUCGCAAAAAGUUUGUCUCAAAUGUAUGGCCGGUGAAAGUGGACACAUUACGCAUAUUUUAUCGAGUAUCUCUAAAUAA